UGGCCAUUCCAGUAGUAGAUCGGUUUCCAAAUGGAAAAGGAAUAUCUUAUCCUACAGCUCCAUGCAUGCGGAAAGCCAUGACAUUAUCCGACGACUGCCUGUUACGGCAUGUGCACUAUUCUGGCGGGCACAAACGACUAAACAGUAAAACACAUGCCAUCUAUGGAAAACCAUGCCAGAUCAAGUGGAACACCGAGCGGAAAUGGAGACCGGUAGACAAAAUCCAAGCCGGGAGCCACGCGCGCGUCGCUGUCCACGCCAGAGCCAGGUGGGACGCACACACGAAACGGCCGUACCUGCACGGGGUCGGAACCUGGAAGUCGCGGGAGCUCUCCGGCAUGCACCGCCGCCAUCCCCCCACGUCCUCCGCGCUCCGGCCUCCGAUAUCCGGUUCCCUUCGCCGCCCACGGGAAAGAAAGGCCCUAUCUAGCAGGCGGGUAGCGCGCCCUUCCACGAUCAGUGUCAUCUCCCCUGUCCUCUUGCUUCCGAAAAGGCUUCGUCGCCGUCAUCAGAUUGAGAUCCACAUCAGAGCCGCAUGGCCCAAGCACCCGUCAUCAGAUAGGGAUCCACGUCGGAUAGGCUCCAAGUCCCCACUCGCAUGCGUGCGCGCGCGCGCGCAUCCGCUCUCCCAUACAGACGAGCAAGAUCUGACGAACCGGAUUGAAGGAUCAAACAAGCCCACAGGGCCAGCCGAGAACCGAAACGAGGGAAAGGUCAGAACAGGAAGGCAUGUACAUAUAGUUCGAACACGGAGGGCCCAGGUGCUUACUCGCUCUCGUCUCGUCAUCUCAUCAGUCGGUCCAGCGUCACGGACCGGUGCUGCUGGAAGGCGGCACCUCGACGGGGGAUGGACAUGGAGCGGAGCGUCGCGUGCUACCGGCAGUGGAUCGCCGGCCAGGAGGCGGGCCUCGCCGAGCUGGUGGCCGCGUCGGCCAAUGCCGCCGCGGGCAGGGCCACCGACGCCGAGCUGCGGGCCGUGGUGGCGCGGUGCAUGCUCGGGUACCAGGACUACGUCGCUGGCCGGCGCGCGCUGUCGCCGGGCGACGGCACCGCCUUCGUCGCCCCGCCCUGGUGCACCGCCUUCGAGAGGUCCGUGCUCUGGCUCGGGGGGUGCCGCCCCUCGCUCACCAUCCGCCUGCUCUACAACCUCUCCGGGGAGGGCCUAGAGGUGCAGGUCCAGGAGUUCGUCAACGGCCGCGGGCCCCUUCCCAGAGGGAGGAUGGGGAUCACGCCCGGCCAGCUGGUGCUCAUCAACGACCUCCACCGCCGGACGCUGCACCAGGAGCACGCCCUCUCGGGUCGCCUCGCCACCCUGCACGAGGACGUCGCGGACAGCCCGCUCUUCCCCAUCGUGCGGCAGCGCGCCGCGGCGACGGCGGUGCAGCUGGCGGCCGGCGGCUGCGACGGCGCGGUCGGGCCGGGGGGCGUGGACGCCGAGGUGGACGCGGCGCUGAGCAGCUACAGGGCCGGGCUGGCGCAGCUGGUGGCGGAGGCCGACGAGCUGCGGAUGGAGACGGCGCGGGCGAUGGCCACGGAGAUCCUGACGCCGCGGCAGGCUGUGGAGAUGCUGGCGGCGGCCAAGCAGCUGCACCUCUCCGUCCGCGACUGGAGCCGCCGCACGGAAGGCGCUGGCACCCAGCAGCGGCUCAACGGCCGCGCGCCGUGA